AUGAAGUUCUUCGCCGGUGCUGCUCUCCUCGCUUCCGUAGCGAGUGCUGCCUCUAUCGACAAUGCCAAACGUGCGUCUCCUCUCGACGUAAAGAUCGAGAUGGUCGGUAACUCCGGCAUUAAAGCCAGCAUUACCAACACUGGUUCCUCUGACUUGAAGGUGCUCAAGACUGGUUCUCUGCUCGACUCGGUCGCCACCGAGAAGGUCAAGGUCUACCAAGGCAAGAACCAGGUCAAAUUCUCUGGUCUUCGUCUCCGUAUGAUGGCCAACAACCUGCCUGAGGCGGGCUUCCAGACUAUCAAGGCUGGCAAGACCGUCUCGGCGACAUUUGAUGCCGCAGAACUACACGACCUAAGUGCCGGUGGCGCUUACGACAUUGUUUCCAAGGGCGCUCUUCAAUACGCUGCUGUAGACUCCAACAAGAUCGAGGGUUCCGUCCCUUAUAGCAGCAACGUCAUCUCUACCAAGGUGGACGGCUCGAAGGCCUCCGCGGCCUUCAAGAGUUUCCACACGAAGCGUGAGGCUGUACAGGAUGACUGCUCGGGUUCCGAGCUUGAGGCGACUGUCAACGGCAUCAACGGCGCCGCAGAGCUUGCACAAGCCGCUGCCUCGGCUGCCAGCAGCGACGAUGACAAGCUAGUCGAGUUCUUUGGCACCACAUCUGUGCGCGACCAAGUUGUCGAUGUUUUCAACAAGGUAGCCGACGAGACCAGCAGCACCUCAAGUGGUGCCGCAUACUACUGUACCGACGUGUACAGUGCCUGCAGCAACGGCGUUCUGGCAUACACCCUGCCCUCUGAGGACUUCAUCGUCAACUGUCCACUUUUCUUCAGCGACUUACCUGCUGCUUCCAGCCAGUGUCAUGCGCAGGACCAGCAGUCGACUGCUUUGCACGAGACGACACACUUAUCGGAGAUCGCGGGCACCGAUGAUCUCGGCUACGGCUAUUCUGCCGCCACUGCCCUUUCUACACAGGAUGCGUUGAACAAUGCCGAUUCGUACGCCCUGUUCGCGCAGGCUGUCUACGCCGGCUGCUAGAUUUGUGGCAAGGUGAGGGCGGCGAUGAUCUGAUGAUGAUGAUGAACAACUCUUCUUGAACUACAUGUAUAUAAUGAACAUACCCAUUCAGCCGAGUAUAUACAUUAUU